AUGUCAGGAAUUUUAAUCUUGAUUCCUUCAUUUAUUUUAUUGGCUUUGGCUGAAUCCAAAACAUUUUUAUGGAUUGGUUUGGUACUUUUCUCAAUUGCUUCAAGUAUUGUAGUUAAUGUUAUCAAUAGUUUUGCAUCGAAAUAUGGUUUAGAAAGUGAAAAAGGCACUAUUUUGGGUACAUUUAGAAGUUUACAAGCACUUGCUCGAGGUAUCGGACCAUUGAUUGCAUCAUUCGCGUAUUGGUCGAUUGGCGAAAAGCCAACAUAUGUAUUUGGUAGUUUAUUACUUCUCUGUCCAUUUGUCAUUCUUAUUGAUGUUAAACAACGUUUAAAACGAAUGCGUGUCAUGCCGACAAUACUUGUAUCUGAAGUAAAAGAUGAUUAG